AUACAUCUUUAAAAAUAAUCGGUACUCAAAAUUCAAACUACACAAUAAAUGAGUUUGAUGUAAUGGAGAUGCAUAUAUCUCCAUUGCAUCCAACAAUUCCAGAAUACACAUUCUUUUCAAGCAUUCACAGAACAUUUUAAAAAAUUGACCAUAUAGCAGAAUAUAAAGGAUGUCUUAAGUAUAUAAAGAGAGAAAUUAUUUAGAGUAUGUUCUCUGAACUUAAUGAACCAAAAAAAUGUAUGAUAUAAUUAAAAAUAAAAUAAAUAAUAAAAACCUAGACUAUCCCCAUAUACUUGGAAGUGGUGGUGGUCCAGGUGAAAGGGUGAAAGGUAGAGGUAAAAAGGCCACUUUUUUGUUUUGCUUUAUGUAUUAGGGAUUGUUUGAAUCUUAUUUACGGAAAAGAUAUUCAACAGUACUUAAGCAAUAAAAAGAGCUCCUUGCUGGCACAGCAGAUUCUGCUCAGACACUUUCCUUUCCCCAUAAGGUGAAUUUUUUAAAAAUGCAUUUGUUAUUUUCAAUCCAGGGAUAAGCUGGAAGGAAUUCAUCUGCAGUCGUGCACAAACUUAGUUCAGGGUGUGUUCAAGCCCACCUCCACUACUCUGAGACUGAACUGACAAAACGGCGAAGAGUCUGUACUGCUUUAAGUGGAGCAGGUGUCUCAGUCCGCAGGUGGGGUCAUUUCCUGCCCUGUGAUAAAGCUGACCUGGGUGCACUUCUCCGUCACUCCUGCGGGCAGUGGAGCAGCUUCCCGAGGGCAUGAGGGAGUGCCUUUCCAUUCAUAUUGGCCAAGCUGGCAUCCAGAUUGGGGAUGCUUGCUGGGAACUCUAUUGUCUGGAACAUGGAAUUCAGCCGGAUGGCAUUGUUCUCAACAGUAAAAAGGAUCAGUUGGAAAGUGCUAGAAUGGAUAAUAUGGAUGCAUCUUUUGAUACCUUCUUUUGUGAGACAAGAGCUGGGAAGCAUGUGCCCAGAGCACUCUUCAUGGACCUGGAGCCAACUGUUAUAGGUAAUAUAAGGUGUGAAGCACACUGACCCUCUGGCAAGUACCCCUCCCUCUUCCACCCCGAGCAGCUCCUGAAUGGAAAGGAAGACGCUGCAAACCACUAUGCCCGAGGUCACUGUUCUGUGGGGUCAGGGAUCACUGACCUCGUGCUGCAGAGGAUCCGAAAGCUGGCGAAACAGUGCAGUGGGCUGCAGGGAUUUUUGAUUUUCCAAAGCUUUGGAGGAGGCAGCAGAUCAGGAUUUACAUCCCUCUUACUGGAACAGCUCUUGGCAGAAUAUGAGAGGAAGACGAAAUUGGAGUUUUCUGUCUACCCCCCCAGGAUCUCCAGUGAUGUCAUAGAGCCUUACAACUCUAUCCUCACCACCCCCUUCACCACAGAGCACUCGGACUGCACCUUCAUGGUGCACAAUGAGGCGAUCUAUGACAUUUGCCAUCAUAAACUUGGUGCUGGAUGCCCCUCUUAUGCCAGCAUUAAUAGGCUAGGUCAGGUGGUAUCUUCCAUCACGGCUUCCCUACGAUUUGAAGGGCCCUUGAAUGUGGACCUAAUUGAAUUCCAGACUAACCUAGUACCUUAUCUGAGAAUACAUUUCCCCAUGACAACCUCUGCUCCCAUCAUCUCUGCUGACAGUGCCUACCAUGAGGAGUUCUCUGUGUCAGACAUCACUGCUGCUUGCUUUGAGUCAUCCAACCAGCUGGUCAAGUGUGAUCCUCGCUUGGGGAAGUAUAUGGCCUGCUGCCUACUCUACAGAGGAGAUGUGGUCCCUAAGGAUGUGAAUGCAGCAGUUGCAGCCAUCAAGUCAAGGAAUUCUAUGCAGUUUGUAGAUUGGUGCCCCACUGGUUUCAAGGUAGGCAUCAACCCUCAGCCCCCCAUGGUGAUGCCAGGGGGAGUACUGGCCAAG